AUGAAAUUUUGUCAAACUGGGAAUUUCGAAUCUUUCAAUGUACAACUGUUUUGGAAAAACCUCAACGUUCGAGAAGAGAAAGUGAACACUCAAACUGCGCAAGUCAUACUGCAAGAAAAAGAAGAACAAAAUGCUUGUCAAGUGAGGUCUAAUAUGUUAGAUGAAAAUAUCCAGGUAUUAUCAAAAAAAAGACGAAAAGGAUAUUCAACUCCGCCACAUAAGAACAAUAAGCACGGAGUCUCCUCAACGAGAAUUGCAAGGAUCGCAACCGCAAUUCACAUUGCACAUAUUUUGCAAACCUUAUAUAUCAGCGAUUCCAGAUUUUGCGAUUAUGAUGAAAAAUCUUCCCGAUUGUAG